AUGUGGUACAAUGAACGUAUAAAUAAAAGACGAGUUUCAGCACCUCCAGAAUUCUCAAUCUGUUGUAUGCAUGGAAAGAUAGAGCUCCCCCCACCUCCUCAGCUGCCUCAAGUCAUUAUUGAUCUUCUACUGAACGGAGACACCCGAAGCAAAAAUUUCCGAGAGAAUAUUCGUGCUUACAACUCGAUGUUUGCAUUCACUUCUAUGGGUGGAAAAGUUGACACAUCAAUCAACAAAGGGCGUGGACCUCCUGUUUUCAGAUUAUUAGGUCAAAAUUACCACAGGAUUGGAAGUUUACUCCCUUUAGAUGACUCACGACCUAAAUUCCAACAGCUUUACAUAUUUGAUACGGUCAAUGAAAAUGCAAACAGAAUCGCAGCAUUCAGUUCAAAAAGAACAACACCAACUUCUGAUAUAAAAAUACUCAGGGAUGAUAUUGUGGAAGAAAUCAAAGUUAUGCUAAACGAAACCAACCCAUACGCAAAGACUCUUCGGACAGCAAAGGAACGUUUUGGAGAUUCAUUGGAAUCUAUGAAUGUCAAAGUGAGAUUGAUUUCAGGUCGUUCGACAGAUCCUAAUACUUAUAAUAUGCCCACUUGCUCAGAAGUUGCUGCACUUUUGGUUGGAGAUAUUGAUGAAGAGUUUGAGGCGAGAGAUAUUGUGGUGGAAACUAAAAGUAGAGAUUUGGCAAGAAUCAGUGAGCUUCACCCAGCAUAUCUUCCUUUACAAUAUCCAAUUCUGUUUCCAUAUGGAGAGGAUGGUUACCAUAUCGAUUUGCAUCUAAAGAGAACAACAACAACAUCAACAAACCCAAGGUUUAGAGUGAGCAUGAAAGAGUUUUUUUCUUACAAGCUCAUGGAACGUGCCAGCCACUUCAACGUGCUAUUGCAUUCUGGAAAACUGUUUCAGCAAUUCAUUGUUGAUGCAUACACAAUGAUGGAAGGAGAGAGAAUUGGAUAUCUCAAGCUCAAUCAAAAGACUUUGCGUGCAGACAACUACAGCAAUAUUUCAGAUUUUGCUUCUACUGGAAAUAAAGAUUCAUCGAUGUGUGGAAGAAGGGUUGUCUUGCCUGCAACUUUUGUGGGAGGUCCAAGAUACAUGCAUGAAAAGUAUAUGGAUGCAAUGGCUGUUUGUUCACAUUUUGGAUAUCCAGAUUUAUUCAUAACUUUCACUUGCAAUCCUAAAUGGCCUGAGAUUACAAGGUAUCUAAGUUCCCGACGCUUACAAACAGAAGACAGACCUGAUAUUCUGUCACGGGUGUUUAAGAUGAAGUUGGAUUCUCUUAUUUGGGAUAUAAAAGACAACAACCUCUUUGGCCCAUCAGCAGCAGUGAUAUACACAAUUGAAUUCCAAAAAAGAGGACUUCCGCAUGCUCAUAUAUUGCUGUUUUUAAAGCGGGGAUCAAAGCUUCCUACUACAGAUGACAUAGACAAGCUUAUAUCUGCUGAAAUUCCAGAUCGAGCAUCUAAUCCAGCAUUAUAUGAUAUAGUCAGAGAUAUAAUGGUUCAUGGUCCAUGUGGGUUAGCAAAUCCAAACUCGCCAUGCAUGGUGAAAGGAAAAUGUACCAAGCGAUUUCCUAAAGAUUUUUCCCCUCAUACUUCCAUUAAUAAAGAAGGAUUCCCAGUUUACAGAAGAAGAGACGAUGGAAAAUCAAUGGAGAAAACCGGGAUUGAUAUUGAUAACAGGUACAUCAUUCCUUAUAACCCACAACUACUACUAAAAUAUCAAGCUCAUAUCAAUGUGGAAUGGUGCAAUCAAUCAAGAGCAAUCAAGUAUUUGUUCAAAUACAUCAACAAAGGAAAUGACCGAGUCACUGCAAAACUACAACAAGAUUCAGCAAAUGGAGGAAGUUCUGAAAAUACUUCUCAAAAUGUAGUAGAUGAAAUCAAGCGUUUCAUUGAUUGUCGGUAUAUAUCACCAUGUGAAGGAAUGUGGAGAAUAUUUGGGUUUGAGCUACAUUACAGUAGCACAUCUAUUCAGAGGUUGUCUUUCCAUCUUCCUGGAGAGCAUAACCUUACCUAUGAUGACGAGGACGAUAUUGAUGAAGUAUUGGCAAAAGAGGAAAAUCAAACGUCACAAUUUUUGGAGUAUAUGAAAAUGUGUAGUCGAAACUCUGUUGCAAAGGAAUUGACUUACAUUCAGUUUCCCUACUUUUUUGUGUGGAACAAGUCGAUAACAGAAUGGACUCCACGUCAAAGAGGUUCAGCUGUUGGUAGAAUCCAUCCUACCAAACCAUCUGCUGGUCAACGAUUCUACUUGAGGAUUCUUUUGAGCAAAGUUAAAGGUGCAACAUGCUACGAAGAUUAUCGUACCGUUGAUGGAAUUACAUAUCCAACCUACAAGGAAGCUUGCUAUGCUUUAGGUUUACUUGAUGAUGAUAAGGAGUACAUUGAAGCCAUCAAGGAAGCAAGUCAAUGGGGGUCAGGUGUUUACUUACGUCGAUUAUUCGCUUAUCUUUUAGCUUCAGAAAGUUUGUCACAGCCUGCACAUGUUUGGUCGGAAACAUGGCAUUUACUUUCUGAUGACAUUUUACAUAUGCAACGUGCAAUCCUCCAGAGGCCAGGUUCGACCUUACAAUAA